CUCACUCCGCCCGGCUGGCUGCGUGCUGCACACCGCGUUAACCGUGAGGCACGGCGAGACACACGGGGCACAGAGGCGAACAGUCCACGGGAACGGAACUGCACCUGAGCCGCAGGGACUGUGGAUUUAAGGAGAGGAUAGAAGGGCGAGCUGAAGCCAUCGCUGCUGCGACAGGGAGCCGCUCCAGACUGCUGUCCAGUUCACAAGGUCAGAGAUCAGUGAAGGCAGUGGUACCAGUGGAGAGAUGAUGUCCAUGCAAAUGAGUGAGGCAGACAGUGUGGUGAAAGUGGCAGAGUGGCAGCAGACUUACUACGCCUCAGACUCUGGCAUUCAGUCAGGAGCCACCACAGUCCGGGACGAUGAGAGCAGCACUGAGUACAGUGGACGUAAGAAGUACACUGGCUGUACUACACCCAGUGCUCCUGCUACAGCCACUGUCGGGGGAGGAGAAGAUUCAGCAGCUGGUGGAGUAGAGAGCCCCACAGAUUUCGACGCUCAGUACUCACUAACCCGGGCUCAGCGCGUUAGGGCAGCCAUGUUCCCAGAGACCCUGGUGGAAGGGGAGGCGGCCAUGCCUGUCCAAUCAGAUCCUACACAGCAGAGCAAUGUGCAGCGACUGGCCGAACCCUCCCAACUGCUAAAGACAGCUAUUGUCCACCUGAUAAACUACCAGGACGACGCUGAGCUGGCCACCAGGGCAGUGCCAGAGCUCACAAAGCUGCUGGGUGACGAAGAUCCAAUUGUGGUGAACAAGGCGGCCAUGAUAGUCAACCAGCUGACCCGCAAGGAGGCCAGUCGCAGGGUGUUGGUGCAGUCCCCAGCCGUGGUGGCUGCCGUGGUGCGCGCCAUGACGACAGCAGUUGACAUGGAGACAGCCCGUUGUGCAGCCAGCGUGCUCCACAGCCUGUCGCACCAGAGGGAGGGACUGCUAGCCAUAUUCAAGUCUGGGGGGAUACCAGCACUGGUCCGCAUGUUAAGUUCCCCAGUGGAAUCAGUCUUAUUUUACGCCAUUACCACCCUGCACAACCUGCUGCUGCACCAAGAAGGGGCUAAGAUGGCGGUGCGUCUUGCUGAUGGCCUGCAGCGGAUGGUUCCGUUAUUGAAAAAGAGUAACCCGAAGUUCCUGGCCAUCACUACUGACUGUCUGCAGCUCUUGUCCUAUGGCAAUCAGGAGAGCAAGCUGAUUAUCCUAGCCAAUGGGGGCCCAGAGGGUCUGGUGUUCAUAAUGAGGAACUACAACUAUGAGAAGCUUCUGUGGACCACCAGCCGGGUUCUUAAAGUGCUCUCCGUUUGUCCCAGCAACAAGCCAGCGAUAGUAGAGGCUGGUGGUAUGCAGGCUUUGGGCCAACAUCUUACAGGUUCCAGUCAGCGUCUGAUCCAGAACUGUUUGUGGACACUCCGCAAUUUGUCAGAUGCCGCAACCAAACAGGAGGGGUUGGAUGGUCUGCUACAGAUACUGGUCACCCAACUGGGCUCAGAUGAUGUCAACAUGUUGACCUGCGCAACUGGCAUCCUGUCGAACCUCACCUGCAAUAACUCGCGCAACAAGACUCUGGUGACUCAGUAUGGUGGUGUGGAAGCGUUGAUCCAUGCAGUGCUCCGUGCCGGGGAGAAGGAGGAUGUUGCUGAGCCGGCGGUCUGUGCCCUGCGUCACCUCACCUCCCGCCACCAGGAUGCCGAACUUGCCCAGAAUGCUGUGCGGCUGCACUAUGGUAUCCCAGCUGUCGUCAAGCUGCUGGGGCAGCCACACUACUGGCCUGUAGUAAAGGCCACGGUAGGUCUGAUCCGGAACCUGGCACUGUGCCCGACCAAUCAGGCACCACUGAGGGAGGCAGGCGCUAUUCCACGAUUGGUCAACCUGCUGCUGAAGGCUCACCAGGACACACAGAGACACGCCUCCUCUGCACAGCAGACAUACCAGGAUGGAGUUCGUAUGGAGGAAAUAGUAGAGGGCUGCACAGGGGCACUUCACAUUCUGGCGAGAGACCCCAUAAACAGAGGAGAGAUUGCAAGCAUGCAAACCAUACCACUGUUUGUACAGCUGUUGUACUCCUAUGUGGAGAACGUGAAGCGGGUAUCGGCGGGCGUCCUGUGUGAGCUGGCCCUGGACAAACAGUCUGCAGAGCUUAUCGAUGCAGAGGGAGCCUCGGCACCACUCAUGGAGUUGCUGCACUCCAACAAUGAGGGAAUUGCCACCUACGCUGCAGCAGUGCUCUUCCGAAUUUCAGAGGACAAGAGUUCAGACUACAGGAAAAGAGUGUCAGUGGAGCUUACACACUCGCUCUUCAAACACGACCCUGCCGCCUGGGAAAUGGCCCAUACUGCAGUUCCUUUGGAGCCUUCAUACCUUGCUGAUGAGUUAGAUGGCUCUUACCCUGCAUACGGCUACGCUGAUCUGCCCCUGGACACCCUGCCGCUAGACCCAGACCUCCACGAAACCUACAUUCCUGACAUGACGUACGACCCAAGACAGGCCUACCCUGAACCACUCUAACAGGAGAAUAAAGCAAAGAUGCUCAAAGAAAAGGAGAGAAUGACCAAAUCACAGGAUGAAAGACUGGGAGAAUGGAUGGAGGAAGAUGGAGAUUUGGAGGCUUUAAUUAGAAGGGAAUCAGCCCUUUCCAACGGUUGGAAAAAAAAUCCCAUUUGGCAAUCAAGAACUAUGAAAAGAGGAUACUUAUUAAAAGAGGUUUAUUGUUGCUGUAAAUUAAAAAUGUAACUUUGUUAUAAUGUUUUACUGUGGACUGAAAGUUGGGGGUGUCUAAAGUUUUCAGGCAUUGUUACACGGGUAACUGUUUGAAGCAAUCCAGUUAGGCAAGAAUGUCUUACAUUGACAGUUUUGAACAUGAGGGAUAAACAGGAGGGGCUUCACCAAACUCAUCUGAUAAUCAUUUACAAAUAUUUUAGAAUUUCAUCUACAAAGGAUUUACUAAUUAGAAUUUGAAUUUCUGAGGUGUUUCAUUGUUAAAUGGGAUAUCAGUGACGCAAUGAAUAUUGUAAUAUUAAUUGUCAUAUACCGGGAACUUGUUUCCCCUCAAUUAGGGACACAAGUGGGGUAAGGCCAAAUACAUCAUGUUAAAGUAUAAUCCAGUUUAAGAAUUUAAUUUUACUGACAUCACGAAUGCACUCACCAUGAAAAUUAUUAAAAGUCUAACUAAAUGAAUUACUGCCAGUCACCAUUGCUACCAAAUGCUACCCGUGUAUCCCAGCCUGCAUCUGCUGUCUUUUAGGUGUCUCCUCUGUGUAUUUGAACAGUGCACAUGUCCCAGGGUUUCCAUGUGUGGUCGUUGCAUGGUAGUAUAUCGUGUAUCAUAAAAGUAAUCUUCACACUCACAUACUGAGAAAAGAUGAAAUACAGACUUUUCAAGCCAUUUCGGAUUAUGUCAGCCAUUUGGAAAACCUCAGUGUGGACUACGAAUACUCUGUCCCUGUCUCAGUUUCACCAAGCGGAUGUACUGGUCAAAUGUCCAGGAAGUGGACUACAGGUCCUUUUGGAAUCAGAAUGCAGAUCUCAUCAUUUUCUAGUCAUACCCAGUUAACCCCACACAGCUCCAGUGGAAAUGGACCACGGCUCUCUGAUCAGCUUGUGCACAACUUUGUGGGUACCAAUAAGUACACUGCAGAGUACAUUUACAACAGGACUUACAUUGUGCUUUGUCAUUAUGGCAUAUAACUUUUUUUUUUACUAGGGGUGUGUCGAUUAUAGAAGUUUGUCAUCAACUGUGCGUCGCCGUCAAUAGAGAGGUGGGGCACUGCAAAGUCUACUAUGAUAUAAUAAUACUUGUAGCUGCUCACAACAUGUAUUAAAGGUCCAGUGAGUAGGAUUUAGCAGUAAGGUUGCAGAUUGCAACCACCUUAACAUACCUCAUCUCACCCAAUGGUGCGUCUACCAGUGUUUGGUUUGUCCAUUCUGGGCUACUGUAGAAACAUGGUGGCUGAUCAUGUCAGUGGAAGAAGACCGCUCCUUAUGUAGCUAUAAAAGGCUUAUUCUAAAGUAACAAAAAACCCCAGCAUUUCUUAGUUUCAGGUAAUAAUGCACUAAUAUAAUUCUGAAUAUUAUGUUCUAUUUCAGUCUCCAAACCCUACACACUGGACUUUGAUUGAUACAACCUUGGAUUGUAUCAUUGUGCAGCGCCUUUUCUUUCUAACCAUCACGUCAUAGUACAACCACAUUGUCAGCAUUGAUGUUUGGCUGUAGUUGGGAAUGUGGACAUCGUGGACAGUUGGGGCAGAAGAUGCUCUGUGCACCAGGGGCAACUGUGCUUGUACAGUUCAAGGCUGCUGUUGUCGGUGUAGCCUUAGCCUGCAAUGUUAAGAAAGCACAACUCCAAUGACUUACCAAUUGCUGAGGCAAUCUACCACAGUUAUACUGUACCUGAAACUGAACAUCAUUAAAUUUUGUUAUAACUGU